AUGAAAUAUCGAUUAGAUUAUAAAGAAGAACAAGAACAAGAAUUAGAAGUAUUAAAAUCAAUUUAUCCGGAUGAAUUGGAAGGCGAAGGAGAAUUUCGUAUAACGUUAAUUCCAGAAGAACAGGAUAGUUCAACACCGCUUGUUUUGGCGUUACGUAUAAAAUAUACACCUACAUAUCCGGAGGAAAUUCCUGAGAUAUCAUUAGAAGUUUUAGAAGGUUCACUAGAAGAGAAUGAACAUGAUAAAUUAUACACAGAUCUUACGAACAUGGCUCGGGAUUCAAUAGGGAUUGCAAUGGUAUUCACAUUAUCAUCAUUCCUCAAAGAUUCCUUAACAACAUUUGUGAUAGAACGUCAGGAACAAAGAAAGAAAGUCGAAGAAGAUCGAAUUCGAAAAGAAAUCGAGGAAGAACAAGCAAAAUUUCAAGGCACAAGAGUAACAAUAGCAUCAUUCUUGGAAUGGAGAGAAAAUUUUGAACGAGAAAUAGCAGAAAGAGAAAAAACUACAAAAAGUUUAACUUUAUUAAGAAAAGAGGAACUCAGAAGGAAUAAACUCACUGGUCGACAACUAUUCGAACAAGACGAAGCGUUAGCUAGAUCUGACGUAACAUUUAUGGAAGAGGGUGAUGUUACAGUGGAUAUUUCGCUAUUUGAAAGAGAGUUUGAUAUGGAAAGUGAAGAUGAUGAAAAUAGUGUUCUUGAUUUAGUAAGGAGUAGUACUGAUUAG